AUGGUUCAAUCCAGAAGCAAGAGAUCACGAAACCAGAACGAGGAAGGUGAAGGCCAAGACGAGACGAUGCUGAGGAUAACCGAUGCCAACGGCCAGGAAUCUGACGAUGCAAACGAGCAAGACGAUGAAGAGUUUUCCACUCAGUCUAUUUCGGAGCUCGAAACAGACAUCACGACCUUCAUCCGCAACACGGGGAAGAAUGACGGGUGGCCUGCAGCUUUCCAGAAACACGUGCGUGAUCGGGAGGAGGAGCUUGUAGAGAAAGUCAGGGCGGGCCAUGCGGAGAGGUCUGCUCAUGUGCAAGAACCGCCAAUCAGAGCCACCUUCGUUAACCUCCUUGACAGGGAACAGGCCGAACAAUCCUUCCAGAAAACUUUCCUUCCCUUUCUCGCCGGCUGCCUCGCCCGAGUCGGUGUCAAGCCCCAUGAUCCCCAACUACCCUUUCCCAUCGACGAUCUUUCCGUCGAAGAUCAACCCCUCUUCGCCAAAUCCGCAACAUUGAUUCACAAUUCACAGAACUUACUGAAGGAGUACUCGGAGCUCGCUGGCCUGCGAGUCGACACGUCAUCUCGCGACAAGCUGUUGAGCACGCUCGACAGGGAAGAGAGGCAGAUCGACGCCGCGAUCAAGGCGGGGAGGCGUGUAGCUCAAGGCGAGAUCCGUGCCUUGUUGGGUAUUGCGCAUGAUGAGACGACGGAAAACAGCGAGCAAGGGUGCAGGGUGCUAAAGGCGGGGGUAGAGGGCGCACAGGCGAAAGCGAGGGUGGCCGGCGGAGUUGUGGACGACAGGAAGAUGGAGAGGUGGGGCGUGGUGGCGGCGGAGUCGGUGAGGGCUUUUGGGAAGAUGAGUAAGGUUGCUGGUGCGGAAUAG